AUGACUAAAUACUACUUCACCAGAGUAUAUGUCUCUAUUCUGUUUUCACUCAUCUUCCAAUGCUCUACUUCCCAAAAGACCUGCCCUAGGUGUGGCUCCGUGGAAGUUCCAUAUCCAUUGAGCAGCAAUCCCAGUUGUGGGGAUCCAGAUUAUCACAUACGCUGUGACUCAAACUCUAAAAAGCUCUACUUUGAUGCCCUGAACGGGAGCUCUUACCUUGUCGCUAGCAUCAUGGCUUCGUCACAACGUAUGGUUAUACGACCAUCAGCGUGGGUUCCAGGCACAUGCAUCACUCAAGACAUGCAAAAGAGUGAGGGGCUCUGGUUGAAUCAGACACUUCCAUUUAACAUAACUAAUUCUAACACAAUCUUCCUUUUUGAUUGUUCACCUCGUCUAUUUGUGUCUCCUCUCAAUUGCACUCCAGCUAGCCUUUGCCACAGGUAUCUAGAUAGCUCUGGGCAUGUCGACAAAGUACGAGCACCCAAGUGUGCAAGUGCGCUCAAUCCAUGCUGCACCUUUGUUGCUGGCGGCACGCCAUCAGCCUACAAGAUAAGGUUGCAUGCUUCAGGUUGCCAGGCAUUCAGAAGUGUCCUUCACUUGGAUGCUGAAAAACCUGCUAGUCUAUGGGAGGAAGGUCUUGAGUUACAAUGGGCUCCUCCACCAGAACCUCCCUGCAAAGUCCAAAAUGACUGUGCAACUCAUUCGACGUGUUCACCUGCCGGUAAACCAGGCAUUUCUCGUUGUUUCUGCAACAAAAGCUAUUACUGGGACCACACUUCAGGAAGUUGCUUGAUGGAAAAGAAGAAGUCAGCUUCAAAAUUCAGCCUUGCCCUGAAAGUUUCCCUUGGAGUGGCUGCAGUUUUUGUUUUCUGUGUGAUAUUACCUGUAAUCACUUUCAGAAAUUGUGGGAGACUCUCUGGGAAGACAAAGCUUGCAAAAGAAAGGGAGCAGAUGCUGAAAUGUGAGAAUGGCGGUGUUAAAACAGCAAGGCUUUUCAGUAUCAAAGAACUGAAGAAAGCCACCAAUGGAUUUUCCAAAAACAGGAUCUUGGGAAGUGGUGGUUUUGGUGAAGUCUAUAAAGGUGAACUGCAAGAUGGAACUGUUGUGGCAAUCAAAUCUGCCAAGGUGGGAAACGUUAAAAGCACUGAGCAAGUACUCAAUGAAUUAAGCAUACUUUCUCAAGUCAAUCAUAAGAACUUGGUAAAGCUUUUGGGUUAUUGUGUUGAAGCUGAGCAGCCAUUGAUGAUCUAUGAGUACAUUUCCAAUGGAACUCUGCAUGACCAUCUGCAUGGUAAUAAGUAUGCCACUUCUCUUGACUGGAAAACAAGGUUAAGAAUUGCUUUACAAACAGCAGAAGCAUUGGCCUAUCUGCACUCAGCUGCACAUACUCCAAUCUAUCAUCGAGAUGUCAAGUCGAACAACAUUCUCUUAGAUGAUGAUCAUAACGCAAAAGUUUCAGAUUUCGGCCUAUCUAGGCUGGCUUCCCCAGGAUUAAGUCAUGUAUCCACUUGUGCCCAAGGAACUGUAGGGUACUUGGACCCUGAGUAUUACCGCAAUUACCAGCUAACUGAAAAAAGCGAUGUCUACAGUUUCGGAGUUGUGCUCCUUGAACUUCUUACUUCCCAGAAGGCUAUUGAUUUUUCGCGAGAAUAUGACGACGUAAACCUGGCUGUUUACGUGAGUCAGAAAGCCAGCCAAGGUUUAGUCAUGGAAGUGGUGGACAAGGCAUUGCUCGGAGAUGAACCUUCAGCCGAAGUAAUGUCUAGUGUUAAGACAUUUUCCGAGCUUGCUCUUGCCUGUUUAAGAGAGACUAAAGGAGAAAGGCCGAGCAUGACUGAUGUCGUUCAAGAACUUAAGUGUAUUACUCAAAUGAUAAAACAAGAAUAA